CAUACACACACAACUCAAUUGGGGCCUUUUCACUGAACAAAAGCGGUACACAUCCGUUUGUGCGGGUAGAGUGUGUGAGAAUAGGAAAGGGUGGAAGAGGCUCUUUUGCUGGCUGCACCUGUCCUAUUUUAUGAGGCCCUAAUAAGCAGAUAACAGUGGCAGGAUGGAAAAAGGACGUCUCCACCUUCUCCUUAUUUGACUGAAAUUAAUUAGAUCCUCCUUUGAGGUCACAGCUUUGCAUGAGCCACUAUUAAGGCCUUUGAAUGUGUGCUUUAAUAAUGUUUUUCUUGUUAAAUAUUUUCUUAAUCACAGAGAAUCUUUACAGACAGGUCAGAAAUGAUGUUUCUGUUAUGGUAAUGUAGGGCUUUUUUUUGCAUUCUUUAGAUUUUUCAUGUCUUUUUGAUCCAUUCUUCUACUUUCUCCAGCAGCUAUUUCCUUCCUAUACGAGUCUGAUUGGAUGCACACCCCUGUUUUAACAAAUUGUGGCCCUUUGCACAGUGUCCCAUGUGAUGUUGCCGCCACCCUGUCCCAUACGUGCUCCCAGGUGGCUUCACACACGGUGUGUGUGGGUGAGUUGCAGUAGCGGUGCCCACGCCUGCGCACUGCAAGAGAAAGUCCUCCUUUGCUAUCCAUGGUGUGCUCUCAGGCACUCCAUCAGAGCCCUCCCAGCCUCAGGCUUUGCACUUUUACUUCCCCCCCUUUGUGACCGUUCCCUCUUCUCAGAGGCACACCAAAAUAAGGUUGCCACAGCGAAAGAGUGAGCAAAAAGAGGUGAGAACUCCACCAGAAAAUUCACACUUGUGUAAUUUUUUGGGUAGCUGAGCACAUGAUAUGUCAUCUCUGUGAAAAAAGUUGUCACAAAGAUGGUUUAAUGGCGGCGUGUCAAGCCAGGGAGGGAAGAAACAAACCAAAUGUGGCAACAAGUGUCCACGGGAUGUGGAACGGGAGUUAAAAUCAGAAGGGAUGGCAGGAGCUGCGAUUGUGUAGGGAUGUAUGUUUAUUUGGAGCUCGGGGGUGUAUAAAAACGUAUUAAAUGCCAUAAUGGAAGACGGGGAGGCCACAGUGUUAGGACUGCGUAGAUCUAAGCCUCUUUUUUUUUCGUUGGGAGGGAGCUUUUCUUAUUCAAAACAGCCCCACAAAAGACUUCCAGUGAGCCUUGCCACAUCCCCAUCUGACUUGGGGCCAUUCAUCAGCCUUCCAAGCCUAUCAAUGACAUGUCCCCAUCAGGGCUCCUAUAAAAUCAGCCCCUUUCCCAUGAAACAUCAGCAAACAUUUUGACGGGUCUGGCUUUCCCCCCGCUGGAUUUCUGGAGUCUCUACCCCCUUCCUCCCUUAUUCCCACCUCCCCCCUCUCCUCCUCCAACACCACCCCUCUCUGGGCGAACCUCAGAUCCUCAACAUCUCCAGUGACGGGCAGUGGUCACGGAAACACUGAGCGAGACAAGGGGAGAGCCGCUGAGGAGGGGGAAACGUGUGCACUAAGCCAUUUUCUUGGAGGAGCCAGUGUCGUUGAUGGGAAGAGGAUGCAUUGCGGGCUGCUGGAGGAGCCUGAUAUGGAUUCCACAGAGAGCUGGAUUGAAAGAUGCCUCAAUGAGAGCGAGAGCAAGCGAUACUCCAGUCACACGUCUCUGGGGAACAUGUCCAACGAUGAACAUGAAGAAAAAGAAAACAACAGAGCCUCUAAACCACAUUCGACACCAGCUACUCUGGAAUGGCUAGAAGAGAACUACGAGAUAGCCGAAGGUGUGUGCAUCCCCCGAAGUGCCCUCUACAUGCAUUACCUAGACUUCAGCGAAAAGCACGACACACAGCCUGUGAAUGCAGCCAGCUUUGGAAAGAUUAUAAGGCAACAGUUUCCAGCGUUGACUACCAGAAGACUGGGGACAAGAGGGCAGUCCAAGUACCACUACUACGGCAUAGCGGUGAAGGAGACCUCUCAGUAUUAUGACGUGAUGUACUCCAAAAAGGGAGCGGCGUGGGUGAAUGAGACGGGGAAGAAAGAGGUCACGAAGCAGACAGUGGCGUAUUCACCGCGCUCCAAACUGGGGACGCUCCUGCCAGAGUUUCCAAAUGUCAAAGACCUAAAUUUGCCCGCCAGCCUGCCAGAAGAGAGGGUGUCAACCUUCAUCAUGAUGUACAGAACGCACUGUCAGAGGAUACUGGACACGGUCAUCCGAGCCAACUUUGAUGAGGUCCAAAGCUUCCUGCUGCACUUCUGGCAGGGCAUGCCGCCCCACAUGCUCCCUGUCCUCGGCUCCCCCACGGUGGUGAACAUAGUCGGUGUUUGUGACUCCAUCCUCUACAAGGCCAUUUCUGGGGUGCUGAUGCCCACUGUCCUGCAAGCACUGCCUGAUAGUUUGACUCAGGUUAUUCGAAAAUUUGCCAAACAGCUUGAUGAGUGGCUUAAAAUAGCACUUCACGACCUUCCGGAGAACCUGAGGAAUAUCAAAUUUGAAUUAUCGAGGAGAUUUUCUCAGAUUCUAAAGCGGCAAACCUCAUUAAACCACCUAUGUCAGGCGUCGCGAACUGUGAUAAACAGCGCCGACAUCACCUUUCAAAUGCUGGAGGACUGGAGGAAUGUGGACCUGAACAGCAUCACCAAGCAGACACUUUACACCAUGGAGGACUCACAAGAGGAGCACAGGCAGCUUAUUAUCCACUUGUAUCAGGAGUUUGAUCGUCUACUGGAGGAGCAGUCUCCAAUCGAGGCUUACAUCGAGUGGCUGGACUCGAUGGUGGACCGCUGUGUCGUCAAGGUGGCAGGGAAGAGGCCCGGGUGCCUGAAGAAGGUGGCCCAACAGUUCCUGCUGAUGUGGUCGUGUUUCGGUACCAGAGUCAUCCGGGAUAUGACCCUCCACAGCGCACCCAGCUUUGGAUCCUUCCACCUGAUCCAUCUCAUGUUUGAUGAUUAUGUGCUUUACCUGCUGGAGUCCUUGCACUGCCAGGAGAGGGCCAACGACCUCAUGAGGGCCAUGAAGGGCGAGGGCAGCACAGCAGAGAGAGAGGAGGAAUUUACGCUGACAGAAACCACUCCCACCUCCCCGUCUCCAGCAUCCUACUCUCCGGCCCGGUCGGUCCAUUCUGUGGGUGUUUCCUCGGUCAGCUCCCCCACAGCAGCCGUGUCCCCGGAGUACACGGGAGUCACCUCCACCACAGGCGCUGUUCAGUCAUAUACCUGGUCCCUUACAUACACAGUGACAACAGCAGGCGGCUCCGCUCCAGAGGCCGGGCAGCAGCUGUCCUGUAUGAGGAGCAGUGCACCAGUCCCUCCUCCGUCCUCCACCCACCGGAUGCCAGUCUACACCCACAGAGAGGAGCAUGGAUAUACUGGCAGCUACAACUAUGGCAGCUACGCCAACCAGCACCCUCACUCCAUCCAGAGCCAGUACCCGAGUCUGGCCCAUGAGCCGGCGAUCCCAGCCCCCCUCCACUACUCCGCUUACCAUCGCUCAUCUGCACAGUACCAGCUCAACGGUCAGAUGUCCCGAAUGGAGCCUUGCUUGAUGGGUAGCACUCCUCGCUUGCACCCCGCACCUGUCGCCCCCCGGUGGCCAGAUGUGUCACCGGCUAACAGCUGUUACACCAGCCCACCUAUGCAUUCAUCCCGCUAUGCCGCCUCCGGGGACAUGUACUCUCCCCUGGGCCCACGCAGGAACUCAGAGUAUGAACACUCACAGCAUUUCCCCGGCUUUGCCUACAUCAACGGAGAGGCCACUACAGGCUGGGCGAAAUAGCCUUUAAACGCUGCUUUGGACAGCCGUGUAUAAGCUCCAGGCCUGCCAAGCUGGUGGAUGGAAAGUCUCUGAACACUUCCAAUCAAGUACAUAAGAAAAAGGAGUAGCAGAGUGUGAAAAGUACCAAUGCAAGGUAAUAGGAAUCAUGGUAUGGACGUACUGACAAUUUGAAACAUCUCAUUAAAUCAUUUUGAUGAUUGUGGUGUAAUUUGUGCGGCGGUUUAAUGGAAUUUCUACAACAAUUUAUGUUUUUGCCCACUGUCGGAAGGAAAAAAAAAGUCUCUUUGAAAUCAUAUAGAUUCUCAAAACUUGCAGCAAAAUCAUUUUAAGAGUGCAAUGCUGCUGCCAAGCUGUGCCUUUGUUUUAAGGAAUGUACACCUCUGCCAGAGUUUCUCUCGUCAGUCUCAUAAGUCAGCACACACACACACACACACACACACACACACACGCACACACAGGAGUCCUACAAACAGUCAGUCAGUGAUGUCAGCGACUGAAGGAUCAGUGUGCUCUAAGCUGAUACUGACACCAGUACAAUCUCUGUGACACUGCCGUCUCCUCUUGUCGCUCAGCACUGUGAAGGAUCUUUUCGUGGGCUCGUUGCGACAGACUAAAACUACCGUCUGCCGCAGGAUGUGGACAUACUGUGCUGCCUUAACGCUCUCCUGUGACACCAGUUACAAACAGUGGCACGAAAGCCAAAACACACAACAUAAAUGACAGAUAUAAAUUUAUGAAAGACCUUGAUCAGUAUGUUAAGCUGUCUUCAUCUUGGAUGGUUUUUUUUAACGAUUGAAUGCUGUGACUCAACAACAACUGUGCGAGUGUAUUCUGUCGCAAGCUUUUUUGCUGUUUUUUCGUGUGACAAUAUAUAUAUAGUAUGUAUUUUCUGUAACUUUGUAACAUGGUGUAUCCUUUAUUUUCUAUGUUACAAUUGGUACUUUGUUCACUGUUUUGUAUGGUUAGUAAAGGACGCAUUAACCUAGGGUUGUGUGUUUUAUAAUGCACUCAAAGCUACUGAGGACCUAUUACCCUAUGGGUAUUUAUAAAAAGGGAAAAUAUCAAAGUGUACAGUAACAUGAAGUCUAGUCACUUUUCUGUAAAUAAAAGCACUGGAAACCGUC